AUGGCCGAAGCCACCUGCGGGGAGGGUGUCUCCCCGGCGUCGUCUCCGACCCAUGUCGACCAAUCCUCGACGCUGCGGCCCGGGACCCAUUCAAGGCCGAAUCACCGACGGGGCCUCAAGAGAGGCAUCGCCGCUUGCGAGAGGUGUCGGAAAAGAAAGCAAAAGGGGUUCCGGCUACAGUGCGAUGGCCAGCUGCCGAUCUGCGGACAGUGCUCCGCGAUAGGCACGUCAUGCGUGCCCUCGGAGCGUUAUCUUGUACGGAUUGCGAACCCGGACUGCGAGUGUGAUCGCCUCCGGAACCAGGUGGAGAGUCUUAUCAAACAGCUCGAGGCGUUGACGGCUUCGGCCGCUGGCGGGCCUGUCGAUUCCGAUCUUCUGCGGGCGCCCCUAUCGGAGAAUGGCAGAAGCUCAACUGCUGCGCCGGCCGGCGAAUCUCGGCAACUCCCUUUUACGAGGAAUGCGACGUGCAACGCACACAUCGACCGUCUACUUCGUCCCACAUUUCCCGGGGGUCGGGCGUCGAGGAGUGGCGAAGAUAACCUCCUGAACAGUCCAUCACGGCUAUGGGAUGGUGUAUCAACCGUGACGACCCCCGAAUGCACAACCAAUAAUGUAGAUCCGGGCCUGGAGUAUAAGAGUAACCUGGUUGGGGAGUUUUUCAGUCGCCGGUGGCCACAGUUUCCGGUACUGCAUAAGCCGACGUUCUUCGAGCAGCACUUCCUACCAUUCUCCCGAGGCGAGACACUCAGUCAGCUAUGUUUAUUUCAGGUCAACAUUGUACUGGCCAUCGCAGCGUCGGAAAAGGGCCGCAAUAAUGAGCGGCACCGCAGGCUCCAGGAAGAGUUCUUUCAAUCUGCCGCAGGCGCGCUUGGAGGUGUUCUGGCCGCUGAGGACUUUGACUGCGUCCAAAGCCUCCUCCUCCUCUGCAUUUACGGCAGUAACGAGCCGCAGUCCGUAAACCUGUGGUGCGCCACCGGGCUAGCUCUUCGGCUCGCUAUCGGCAUGAACUUGCACCGCCGUGAGGCGAUCGCCGCAAAGGAGCCUCUGGAGGCAGAAAUGCACAAGCGACUCUUCUGGUGCGUCUACACAAUGGACAGGAGCAUCUCAAUGUCCCUCGGCCUGCCGCUCGGGAUCCAAGACGCCGACAUCACAAUGCCGCUUCCCCUCCCCCUCUCAGACGACAUCCUGGCCAACCCGGACCAAAACACCCAGCUCAUUCUCGGACUCACCGUCAACGACCUCUCGACAUUCCUCCACAUUAUCGAGCUGCGCCGCAUCAACGCCGAUAUCUACAGAUAUCUCCAUUCAGCGGGUGACACGAACCUAGCCGGGACCAAUAUCGACGUCAUCCGCGUCCAACACCACACCAGACUGAACCAGUGGCUCGUCUCCGCACCGCGCUAUCUUGUCCCGGCUUCGAUGCACCAGACGCCGGAGUGGUUCCAAAUCGCGUACCAUCAGGCAAUCAUGAAUCUCUACCGGCCAUCGCAUGCCUCGCCAAUCAGCACGGUGGACGCUCUGCGCCACUGCGCGGACUCGUCGAUCAGUCUAAUAAGCUGCUAUGGCGCAUUGUACGCCAAAAACAAGGUCACCUACACAUUCGUCGCCCUCACCUCUCUGUUCAUGGCCGGGGUUACGAUGCUUUACUCGUUACGGGCCAGCGCUGCUCUACGGCAGGAGCUAACGCGAGGGGUCGUGGAGUCCAACAUCAGGUCCUGCACGACUCUCCUCCACAACAUCUCUCAUGGCGGAGCCGUCGUCGAGCGCAGCGUGGAGAUCAUCGAAAGGUUAGGGAGAGCGACGCUGGUCUUCUUCGACUGCGUGCCAGAUCCUGCGAACAACCAGGUUGACACGGAGUUCAUGUCCUGGUUUGGGUUGAAAGGCCAUGGGCAUCAUCUGCUGGACCAGAGUCCAGCGCAGCCCACGCCGAGCGCUGACAUACCGUGGAAUGACUUGUUCGAGCAUGGGUUUGAUCUUGGGAGCAUUUACUGUGGUGAUAUGCUUGUAUGA